AUCGACGACCCCUCUCCCUCCCACGGAUCUCUCUCACCCCUCUCGAUCCCUCUCAAAGCUCCCGCGUCCCACCGUGCACCCUCCCCCUUCUACUCCCAAACCCUGCAGCCCGGAUCAGAUUCCUCGAAUUAUGAUCUACCAGAUCAAAGCGGAGUGGGGGCGGGUGCGAGCUCGUUGGUGCUAGGCGGCCGCAUGGCGGGGUCGCUGCUAGGGGCCAUGCUCAUGGUGCUCUUCAACGUCAUCAGCGCCGACGAGGCCUACGCUACCGUAGACCAUGUCCCAGCCGCGUUGCCCAGACGGCUUCGUUCUUCCCGACGCGGCUGUCUGCCAUGCGCACUGCUGCCACCCGGUGAAGCCUGCCUCCAUCAAUGGAGACGCCAAGGCGCCUGACAGCGUCGAGAUCCACCAGCAGUGGGGAAACGUGAAUGGUAGGGUGAUGACCAAGGAGGAGGACGAGUAUUGCCGCUUCAAGUUCAACUCGGUGGAGGGUGAUGACUUGUACCUGGUUUUUUUGCCGUGGCCACUGCCCUGGCUCAGGGAGCUUAAUAAAGCUUGGACAGUGGUGAGGGAUCCGAUGGUGGUGAUGUUGUUGGGCUGGUUGUGGCCUCAUAUGUGGCAGCAACGGCCUCCCUCCUGUAACCUCUAUCGAUGGCCAUGGUGA